CGCAUAUCGCAUCUCCGUAAUAUUCCCCAAUUUCAUCUUCCAUCUUUCUGCCAAAAGAAAAUAUUUUUUCAUCUUCAACGAGUCCAUCUAAAUCGCACCGAUUAGAAGCCUUUUAAUCCGUUUUUUUACAUUCUUUGUCGAUCUUCCAUGAAUUUAUCGUUUCGAUCCACAUCUAUUCUCUGAAAACUAUCUCCCGUAGUUCUCGCAGUAGGAGGAGAGGGAGCUAGCUGUUUCUCUGACGCUGCAAAGCCCUAAUCCAUCUUUUUUUCGUUAUUUUUUUGCAAACGCAUCUGCAAGAUUUUAAAGAGGAAUUAUGGGAGUUCCGGCCUUCUACCGAUGGCUUGCGGAUCGGUACCCUCUCUCGAUCUCCGACGUAAUUGAAGAAGAGCCGUCGGAGGACGCAAACGGUGUGCUUCUACCAAUCGACGUCUCCAAACCAAAUCCCAACGACAUUGAAUUCGACAACCUUUACUUGGACAUGAACGGCAUCAUUCAUCCUUGCUUUCACCCUGAAGGAAAGCCUGCACCUGCCACAUAUGAUGAUGUAUUUAAAUCAAUAUUUGAUUACAUUGAUCAUCUCUUCUCGUUGGUUCGCCCAAGAAAGCUUCUUUAUAUGGCAAUAGAUGGGGUCGCACCAAGGGCUAAAAUGAAUCAACAGCGUUCAAGGCGCUUCAGAGCUGCAAAAGAUGCUGCUGAGGCAGAGGCUGAAGAGGAAAGAUUGAGGAAGGAGUUUGAGGCAGAGGGGAGAAAUCUGUGUGCUAAGGAGAAGCCUGAAACAUCUGAUUUGAAUGUUAUUACUCCUGGAACUCAAUUUAUGGUUGUCUUGUCUGUAGCGCUUCAAUAUUACAUACAGUCUAGGCUGAACCACAACCGAGGGUGGUGGGGUACCAAGGUUAUUCUUUCUGAUUCCAAUGUUCCUGGCGAGGGUGAGCACAAAAUCAUGUCCUACAUCCGGUUGCAACGCAAUCUUCCUGGUUUUGAUCCAAACACACGACAUUGUCUGUAUGGCUUGGAUGCAGACUUGAUUAUGCUGUCUCUUGCUACUCAUGAGGUUCACUUCUCAAUAUUAAGGGAGGUGAUCUCCUUUCCAGGGCAACAAGAGAAAUGCUUCCUUUGUGGUCAAGUUGGUCAUCUGGCAGCUGAGUGUCGUGGCAAGCUUGGUGAAGAAGAUGGAAAUUCAAAUGAGAAGGUCAUAGAUCCCACACCAAUUCACAAAAAGAAAUAUCAGUUCCUCAACAUCUGGGUGUUGCGAGAAUAUUUACAGUAUGAUUUGGAGAUUCCAGACGCUCCUUUUUCAAUAAACUUUGAACGACUAGUGGAUGAUUUUGUUUUUAUUUGUUUCUUUGUUGGGAAUGACUUUCUUCCACAUAUGCCCACAUUGGAAAUCCGUGAGGGUGCUAUAAAUCUACUGAUGUAUGUCUACAAAAGGGAGUUUACUGCCAUGGGUGGCUAUCUGACAGAUGCGGGUGAGGUAUUACUGGAGAGGGUAGAACAUUUUAUUCAGUCUGUUGCAGUGUAUGAAGAUCAGAUCUUUCAGAAGCGGGCUCGAAUUCAACAGGCACUAGAGAAUAGUGAAGAGAUGAAGCUUAAAAUGAAGAGAGAGAAUUCUGAGGAGCCACCAAGUUUGACUGUGGACAAGGUGAAAUUAGGGGAGCCUGGAUAUAAAGAGAGGUAUUACAUUGAGAAGUUCGAUUUAUCAGACCCAGAGAAGAUUGAUGAAACUAGAAAAGAUGUUGUAUUGAAGUAUGUGGAAGGCCUAUGCUGGGUCAUGCGAUAUUACUACCAAGGUGUCUGCUCUUGGUUAUGGUAUUAUCCAUAUCACUAUGCUCCCUUCGCUUCCGACAUCAAAGAUUUGGCGGAUCUAGAAAUUACAUUCUUUUUGGGAAAGCCAUUUAAGCCUUUUGAUCAGCUAAUGGGAACCUUACCAGCUGCCAGUUCCAAUGCUCUGCCUGAACAUUACAGAGCCUUAAUGACUGAUCCAUCUUCGCCAAUAAGUUCUUUUUAUCCUUCAGAUUUUCAGAUUGACAUGAAUGGCAAACGCUUUGCGUGGCAGGGUGUUGCAAAGUUACCAUUCAUUGAUGAGCAGAAAUUGCUUGCUGAAACAGAGAAACUUGAGAGUACUUUAACGGAAGAAGAAAAGUUUCGAAAUCAGAUGAUGUAUGAUCUGCUCUAUGUCAAUUCAAGUCAUUCUUUGGCAGGACAAAUUAAGUACUACCUCGACUACUGCUACCUAUGCUGCAAUCAUAUGCCCCUGCCACGUUGCCCAAUUGACAUAAAUGCCAGUGGGGGUAUGAAUGGCUUCCUAUGGUUAUGUGAGAGGAAUGGACUGAGGGAAACCAUUCCUUACCCAAUUAAGGGUUUGCAGAACAUCGAGAAUAACAGUGUCUUAGAUGUUACUUAUAUUAAUCCUGAGCGGCAUCGCCACAUUCCAGAACCUCCCGAUGGUGUAAUCAUGCCUGAAAAGUUUCUAAAGCCUUAUGACAUAAAACCCUUUCCUGUGUUAUGGCAUGAAGAUAAUGGCAGGCGUCAGCAAAGGCCUCAAGUUCCACGUGCAAUAUCUGGCCCUCAUUUAGGAGAAGCAGCCCAUCGAUUGGUCAAGAAUACACUUAAUGUCAGAGGCAGCAAUUACACUUCCUCAGGAUGGUCAGAACAAACAAAUCACCGAAAUAUUUCAGGUAAUCACAUGGUCAACAGACCAAGGCCAGCUGGACCUUCAGGGUAUGAAAACGGAUUCAUCCAGGACCCCAAUUACCACGGGAAUUACCACCAUCCUCGGGCUGUCAUUAGUAGCUCCAGAUCAGCACCCUCCUUCAACGACAUACAGGGCAACAGACAAAAUUUCAGGAUGCAGGACAGGUCGCAAUAUCAAGAUUAUAGCUUAAGGGGUGCAAUAUCUGCCUUGACAAUUGAAGAAGGUUCAAGGGCUCGACACCAUUCUGGUGUGCCACCAAGGAUGCCAAAUUCUGGGUACUCACAAAGUCCACACCAGGCAUAUGUUCAGAAUGCUACUCUGCUUCCUUGGCCACCCACUAAUUGGAUUGAUAAACCAAUGAUGAGAAAUGCUGGAGGUUAUGAGAAACAGCAGGUGAAGAAGAUUUAUCAAGUGAGAGCACAACAGCGACAAGAAACACCAGAUGCUGGGUGCUAGCAGUAAUUCUUGAUGUUGUCUCGGUUCAUUUCUUUUUUAGGUGAUGGAUGUAACUGUGGGCAGGUGUAGUAGUACAUAUGUAAUUGGAAAAAUGUUACUGGGGAAACCAUCAGAUGACCAUUUUUAAAUUUUCAUCUGAUCAAAAGGUUCCUUUCUGAACUGAAUGUAUCUAUUAGGUGUUCAAGUGGGGACAUGGUCUGUUUUCGGUGUCCAUGGAUGUUAAGUUCAAACCAACGGAAAUGUUGUUUUCUCAAUUAACCGUGUAAUUGUACUUUCGGCAAGAUUUAAUCAAGGAUGUUCAGAUGCUUUAUCUCA